AUGCUUAUGUUUGGGAGUCCUCAACUCCUACGAUUGUCUUGUGACAGAUGCCAUAAACGAAAACAACGAUGCACUCGAACCUCCGCUACCGACGAAAAUCCUUGUCGGCGCUGUAAGGAAGCGGACGAAAAGUGUGUCUUUAGCCCUCCUCUACGUCUUGGUCGACCUAGCAAACGGCAGAAGCAAGAAGGCAAACAAGAAGAAGCCAAUUACGGAGGCCGAGAGGGCAGCUUCUUAGCCAUUUCGAACCAAGAACUCUCUACAACGAUUAGCACGGCGGCUUCGACGACUGCGACAACAAUACAGGAUGAGAUUGACUCAACAAUGGAGACUUCCUCUAGCUUUUCUGCAGACGGUGUUGGAGAAAUCGCAACCUCGCCUUCAAUAGAACACCACGAGUUGGCCUGCCCCUCAGCCUCAAUGGACUACAAUAUCGUUGCAACGGCAUUUGAAAUGUGGCCAAUGGCCCCUCAUCAUUAUCCCGACCCAGCAAUGUCGGUUACGACGCCGGGCCUGUUCUGCCCGUUAACUACAGACUCCAACGAUGAAGCAUGGUCGGAUGUAUUGGGCGGGAAAGCACAUUCAGAACCUCCAACGUCUUCUCACACGGAUCCAUUAGACCCAGCUCUCAUAGCCAUGGCUGGAGCUUCAACCAGCGAUUCUGCGAUAGGAUCAAUGGACAACACUCUUUCUGAAACAGCAGAACCGGCAAUCAUGGAUCCAGUAUCUCUUCUUUCUCAAAUCCAACUCAAACUCCAUGGUAUUCAAACAAGGAGACCACCCCAUGCAGCAGAAUUGCAGGUGAUUAUGAACCAAACAGUUCAGAUAGCCCAAAAAUUCAUCGAGGUCAUGGACCAAAUUAUACCACCACGCACAGCCGACUCCAGUCCGACUUCCACUCAUCAGCAACAGCAAUACACACAAACAGGAACAGUUGACACGGUGGAGAUCCGACUGGCACUUAUCUGCUACAUACAGAUCCUCCGUAGCUACAAGAACCUAGUACACAUGCUAGUCAACUCAGUGGGCACGACUGAGAGGCAGCAACGGCUUGACCUGUCAGAUGUUGUGCCUGUCCAGAUCGGCACUUUGCAUACAGUAGUCAGUCCUCGACUACAGAUUGCGCUGCUAGUGCAGUUGAUCUCGCAGCACACAGACGAGAUUCGGCACAAGAUUCGCCAAUUGGCAUCAAGAAUCAACGAGACUCGGCCUAACAUUGACCCGAGCCACCCAGGAGCCUUUAACAGCAACAUUAUUGGUAAAGAUAUACGCGGCGAAGAAGAGGAUCUGCGAGAUGGGCUGGAUUUAAUUUCAGAGAGACUCAAGAUGCAUACACAAUUUCAAGACCAUCGGAGUUUAGAUCGAUAG